GGCGGGGAGAAAAAAGACACACAGCAAAACGGGACCCCCGCGCGUGCAGAAAGGCACGGCGGACGUAGAUCGAUCCGUGAUCCAUCAAUCAAUCAACCGAUCUCAACAGCGGUUGCCUUCCUGCAGUAGUGUACAGUACGGGGUAGCAAGUUCGCUCUAGUACGCGCAGUAGCGGCUUUUUGACAUGCAUUCGUCCCCAUCGAGCAGGCACUGUUUUUGAAUGGCCAGUCCUGCCAGUGAACCACUAUCACAGUCCACUGGACGUGAUUCACGACGAGUCGACGACGCCAGGAAUGCCCGGUUCCCUCGUCUGAAAAUGGAAAGAAGAACGUGGAGGAGAACCCUACCACGCCUCACGCCUCACGCCUCUGAGGGAGUCUGGAGAGUCUGGACAACCGCCACAAAUCGAAUAAAGGGAGGGGAAAGACGUUUCUACGCAACACAUAUCACUUUUUCCCACUCACAAGCCACUGUCAUCUUCCCCUCAAAAGAACCCGUUGGCCGGUCUCAAUCGCUUUCCAUUUUCUCCCUGCCCGCCCAAGUGCCCUGCGUCUCGUCGGCUGAAUGGCUUCAGGGCCUCUGUGGCGUCAUGCACAGUUAUCCGUGCACUUUGCGAACAUCAAAGUGUGGUGGGCGCUUCGAGCUCAGAGUGGUCAGUGAAUUGCUGAAGCUAAUGCGAGUGUUUAGCGCCAGUGGUUGCAUGGCAUGGUACCUUAGCCCAGGGCACGCCAGGGCCCGUUCGGGUUCAGAGACUCGAUCUCGUCGACGACUUCAACCGAACCGAGGGAGGCGGCUUUUAGGGUUGUUCGACACGAGAAUAGUGGCGUGGAUGGCUCAGGAUUGAUCAGGACUGGAGUGAGGAGUCAGCGGCCUCGACAGGUCUCUUUUCACAUUCUCACAUUCCGCAAGGUUCCUGAUAUCGCAACAUUUUCUGAUAACGGAACAGUGUCUGAUGCAACACCAAACACACACACACAUCCCGCAUCAUAUCCGCCGCUGCCACACCUGAAAGACGAACGACAGAGGAGUGCCAGAGGGCCAUUCUUGUAUCCAUUUGCCCGCCACUCCCCCCGUUGUAGCUGAGGUGAUCAUUCGCCUGGCCCGAGACGUCGUCCGUUCCCAUUCAUAAUGGCAGAAAUGGCCAAAUGUGUGGCUCGGGAAUAGCAGUACAUAUGGUUCACUAUGUAAGAUGAGCAAACAGGACGAAGCUCAACGCGGAAAAUAGACCACACGAGACUUUUCCCA